GCCAUUAACAAAGUUAGGGUUUGCAGCAAUCUCCCUCUCAUCCGCUCCGAGAUGGAAAAUUCGGAGCCCAGUAGAUCUUGCGAUCGACUCAGUCAGUUGCCCAACAAGUUAAUCUUCUUCAUCUUUGAGUUGUUGCCGAUGAAUGACGUUGUUAGGUCAACAAUUCUCUCCAAGCGUUGGAAAGAUCUCUGGAGAACCGCCCCCUUCCUUAAUUUCACGGAUUAUUCUUUCAAAUAUAAUUAUUACCGAAAUGUUGCGAAGGUUCGACGCUUGGUUAAUCGGGCACUAAUACUGUGGAGAGGGAUCGAGCUUCUGAAAUUCAAGAUUGAUUUCAGAUCACGAUAUGACCAUGUAUCUGUUGAUUUGAAUGUGUGGGUGCGUUGGGCGAAAGAGAAACGAGUCGAAGAGAUACACUUACGCAUUAAGGAUAUGCACGAAUCGUACGAGUUGCCCGAGUGUCUCUACUCGUGUUCAUCGCUCAAAGUGUUGGUGUUGUCACUCAAUUGUAUUCGCCUUUCGGAUAUUCGUGGGAAUAUCAUGUGGGACAGUCUUAAGAGUUUAACGAUUGAGUCGGUUUACUUUGGUCCUGAUUCGUAUUUUAUCAGCCAAGCUUUGCGUGGAAGCCCUAACUUGGAAGUAUUUAACUUGACUCUGCACGACAAGAGAGGAAGUGUGUUUAUCCAAUCCAGUAGUUUGAAGAAGCUCUCAAUUCGCAAGACUUGUUAUGAAACGGAUAAAGAGCUGGAAAUCGUGACUCCGAAUCUUGAAACGUUGGAAAUUUCAGGGUCUCCAUACAGAAGAUGUGUGUUGAGUGCCUCCUCCUCGUCUUUGACUGAUGUAACUCUUAGAUUUCAGGAAGACAAGAGCCGGCACGAGCAACCGUACGACGUCACCCAACAUCUUGAAAACCUGAGUCUUGAAAACCUGAGUUUAUCGGCUUGCUGCGAGAACGACUGUUGGGAAACAUUGAGUCAAAUUCUUCCAACCAUCCAACAUGUUGAAAGAGUGAAAUUAUCGGCUUAUUGCAUCCAGGUGCUACAGCGCACGAACAAGCAACAUUUGCUUUCACGCCCAUAUUUUGUAGUUAGAGAUCCUGUUGAAUUUUGCGGGCCAGUAUGGUGUUUCGACGAGUAAAAGGAAUCAUGCCAUCUCCACGCCCUUCGCAUUAGAUCUUCCUCGACUGCACUCCGCAUUAUUGUGCAGUAGAUUUUGUCGCAAAUUUUCUUAGGAAAUUAAAUUUCGCAAUGACAG